GCUAAGUUUUAGAUAAUUUUUUUUGAGGUGAUGUAAAAGUUACUUAAUUAAGUUUUCUUUUAAUUUUUAGGAGUACUCCCAGUAGAUCAGGAAGCCGAGCCAACCCACCAAAAAGAAUCAAAUCUCGACGAUUCCGAUAUGUAUAUGGAAAACGAUGAAAAUGAAAAAUUAGAUGUUUCUCAAGACAGCCAAAAUUUUUACCCAUCUUUCGCGCAAUACAACGACCAACCUUUAGGCCAUUCAAGACCGUUUUAUUACCAACCAGAAACAGCUUACAGCCACCGCCCAACAGCUUACCAACAACACGUCGGAUUUGAAUCGGCCAGAAUAAGCGGGUAUAAAGGCGAUUAUUACGAAGAUCGAUCCCCAAACGAAAACAGCAUUUUAGGAUCGGGAAAUUUCGGGGUUAUUAAAGGAGGAACUUUUUACAAUGAUAAAGAUAGCGAAGAAUUCGAUUACGAUGGGGGGUAUUCGUUUUAUCACAACGGACAUGGAAGACCAUCGUUUUACAACAACAAUAAAAGACCUAGUCAACACGAACAAUUCGAGAAUUUUAGGGAUUUCGCCGACAUCAACACCCCAUCUUAUUCGCAUUUCGUCGUCGUUUACGCGAACAAAAAUGGGACCAAAUCAAAACUGGCCGAGGAAAAAUUAGAAAUAACCCAAGAAAAGAAAAAACCGAAGAAUAUUUUGGAACAUUUAGCUUUAAUCGAUUUGGAGGCGACGGAAAGAAGUGUAACGAAGAAGUUAUCCAAGUCGAAAGUGAAGUUAUCGAAAUUUUUGAUUGGGAAGAAACAAAAACAGCCAAAAAAUAACCAAAGGAAAGUGGUAACGACGCGUACAGAUUUAUUUGAACCUUUAUUAGCGCUUAGUUGAAUGAGGAAGUUUUGGGAAAAUUAAUUAUUAGCUCUCUUUGUAAUACAAAAAAAUUUGAAGGAAAAACGAGGCGAAAUAGGGGAUGAAAACGAUGCCCCCAAGAAUGAUUAUAAACCGUAAUAAGUGUUAAGUUAUGUGAUACGCUUUUUAAGACUAAAACAAAAAAGAAAUUUUGAUCACUGCCUAAUUAAUUUAUUUUUUUUUUGACUACUUUCUAUUUCAAUCUGUGAUUCUUCUCAUUCAAAUUGAUCGAUUCUUUCUCUCUCCAUGUAUCAUUAAACGAUUAAAGUAAUUAUUAUUUGUUAUAAAUAAACUAUGCGUACUAGUCUAAUUUUAAAGAUUAAAUAAAUGUUAAAUAAGAAAAAUUAAUGAUUUUGUAUCGAUUAAAUAAGACUUGUGUGUGAUUAAUUCGAUUGAAAGUUGUUGUUUACGUUUAAAUCGAUGUAUGAGUGAAUUAUAAAUAAAUAAAUAUAUU